AGAAAGCACCAUGAUGCACCAUUGUGGUGCAAUUACAAAUCUGAUAUAAGAUAACGAGAAAAAAUGGAAGUCAAGGCGAAAAGUGAACAUUUGCUAACUUUGAAAGUAAUGAGAUUGACACGACCUACCUUGGCUAGUCCCAUGGUUGUCACAUGUGAUUCUACAGACUUACCAGGUAAUACAUUGAACAACGAACUUAAGAACGAUUGCACGACAUUGCAAGGCAUGGAGGCACUCGCUAUAGGACAAUUUAUGGUAUUGCCUCAAAGUUUUGGAAAUAUAUAUUUAGGAGAGAUAUUCUCCAGUUAUUUAUGUGUUCACAAUGGCAGUAACCAAGUGGUAAAAAAUGUUAUUGUAAAAGCAGAUUUACAAACAAGUACACAAGUUAUUCUACUCUCCAGCAAUAACCUGGAAGGAAAAGAAUUAGCACCAGACAAUACAGUGGAUGAAGUUAUUCAUCAUGAAGUUAAGGAAAUAGGUACACACAUAUUAGUUUGUGAAGUGUCUUAUACAAAUCAGAUUGGACCUCCACUGUCAUUUAGAAAAUAUUUCAAGUUCCAGGUAGUUAAACCACUUGACGUGAAGACUAAAUUUUAUAAUGCAGAGUCAGAUGAGGUAUAUCUCGAAGCACAAAUACAAAAUCUAACAGCUGGACCAAUUUGCUUAGAAAAAGUUGCUCUUGAAUCGUCCCACUUAUUUAGUGUGACUACAUUAAAUACAAAUGACGAGGGAGACUCUAUCUACGGAAGUGUAAAUUUAUUAGAUACAGGCUGUAGUAGACAAUAUCUAUAUUGUUUAAAGCCACAAUCAAGCUUAUUAAAAGAUCCGAAAAUGAUGCAAAAUGCAACAAAUAUUGGCAAAUUGGACAUUGUGUGGAGGAGUAAUUUAGGAGAAAGAGGAAGAUUGCAAACGAGUCAAUUGCAAAGAAUGGCACCUGAGUAUGGAGAUCUGAGGGUUAUCAUAAAGGAUAUUCCUUUAAAGGUUUAUCUUGAAGAACCAGUUAAUUGUACAUGCCAUAUAAUAAAUACAUCAGAAAGAAGUAUGGAAUUAUUACUAAGUUUAGAGUCAAAUAAUUCCAUAGCUUGGUGUGGAAUGUCUGACACAACAAUUGGUACUUUAAAACCUGGAGCUUCCAUGGACAUACCUCUCUGCUUCAUUACUCUGGAUACAGGCAUUAUCACUAUUUCCGGUUUAAAACUUACAGAUACGUUUUUAAAAAGAGUCUACGACUACGAUGAUCUAGCACAAAUUUUCAUUAAUCAAUUGGAUUGAAAAAUGCACAUAACAAGA